UUUAUGUCUCCAAUCAACAUAAUCCUUUCUAUUAGGAGGAAGGUGAUUUCUUUUCUUUUUCACAAAUGAGGUGAUGUUUAGCAUUUGAGAUCCUAUUAUUACAACUGCUACUGAUUUCCUUGUGGGGCUCCUAGGAUUGUAUUGACUCUUGACUUCUGAUUCUGCCUUCAACACUGAGAUUGCAAAACCAAAUUAAGGAAUGGGAAUCAAGCCGCGUUCCUGCAGUGUGAGUAAAGCAGAACAUGGUGUUCAAAUCCCAGUUCUUCUCCCCAUAUACCUCACCCUCCUUCCUUCUUCCCCCAUUCCUAUCCAACUCUAAAAUGGCCGCCGGCGACCAUCCCAAUUCCAAUUCUAAUCCCUUUAAUGCCAACGGCUACGCCCUCACCUCCAACAUCCUCCUCACCGUCACUCUCAUAUUAGUCUUCCUCAUCCUCCUCCUCAUUUCCCUCCACUUCUACGCCCGCUGGUACCUCCGCCGUGCCCGCCUUCGUCACCGCCAGCGCCGCCGUUCCCAUCUCGUCUUCUACGUCGACUCCCUCACCCCCGACGCCCCCCCGCCCAUCGGCCUCGAUCCCUCUGUCAUUCAGUCUGUUCCUGUCUUCGUUUAUUCCGCCCACUCCGACCCCGCCGAAUGCGCCGUGUGCUUGUCCGAGUUCCAAGAGAACGAAUCGGGUCGGGUUUUGCCCAAAUGUAACCACACUUUUCACGUCGAAUGCAUCGACAUGUGGUUCCAGUCCCACUCAACCUGUCCGCUCUGUAGAUCUUUGGUUGAAACCCGUCCGACCUGGGGACCUGCCCCGACCGGAAGUGGUGAUCGAUGUUGGUUCGAGUUCGGGGUGCCACCAGGAAGGAGAAGAAGACAACCGGAGCGGGCGGAGGCUCUGUAGUUCGUCGUCUUCGAUUGGGUUGAGGCGGAAGCCGUCGUCUGUGGGAGUGACAGUUGACGUGCCAUUGAGUAUGAGUAGAAGCUUCGGGAGAGAGGCUGAAGGGUCGACGACGUCGUUUAGGUCACCGGGGGGUCGUUUACUAUCGUUCAAGAGAAUACUGAGCAGAGAGAGGAAAGUAAGUCCUUCAUCCCUAUCAUCGGAAAACUCUGCCGCAGGAUGCAGCUCUGUGACCCAGACAGAGACGAGUCAAUGAGUUGACUCGGAUAGCCGUGUAACUCUGGAGCGAUUCUGUGUUUGAUACGAUGCAGACACGAUUGUUACGAAUGUGAAUCUUGUUGAUAAUUUUUUUUUUGGUCUGCUAAUUAGUGUUUUAGUUCUUUUUCUUUUUUCUUUUCCUAUUUUUUAUAUAUUUAUUAUUAAAUUUGUACAUGAAAUUAUAAAAAAAAAUUGUUUUCUAAAUGAGAAGAUGCAAGCCAACUACAGUGCGGUGGCCCGUUCAAAUUUUACGA